AUGAUUUCAGUGGACGGAUCGACCACCGUUCAUAUGACGAAUGGUAACGGUAUGGGCAGCGCACCUGGUGGUUGUUUGAAGUGCACUCAACAGGUAUUUGGCUAUCAGCAACUACUGACGUUAAUCGAUCCGAAUGUGGUCAUCGAACCAACACUCUUCUCAACGGUUCUUGCCGCUUGUCCACAUAUCAACAACUUCUCAUCGUUAAGUUGA